AUGGCAAUACGGCAUCCUCACAAAUGGCUCCUUUUGAUUUCGUGCCUGCUGCUGCUGGAGCUACCGACAGCAAUUGGCAAACGUUCUCUCGUCAAGGGAGCAGCGAGUUUGCGACGACGUAACUUGAAAGAAAAUCCAGGCUCUGUUGCUGACAGUAGCGUCAGUACCAACCGAGGAGAUAAAACCAGACAAGAUUCUCCCAGUGAAGAUUCCCCCGAUGAACCCGCGGUUUCUGAAUUUGUAAGCGAAGACGACGAAGAAGAAGAGACGGAGGCACCUGACACAGGAAAGGAAAAGGAUGAAAAAGUCGACGAAAAGUAUGACGAUAAAGAUGAUAAUGACGAGGAUACUGGUACUGAUAAAGAAGAAUCCAAGGAUAUUGACGUGGAAGAAUCCAGGGACACCGACCAAGAAGAAUCCAAGGACAUCGUCGAAAAGUACGACGACAAAGAAGCAGACGAACCAAAAGAUGACAAACUCGAGGAAUCAAUGCCAUUGAUUGAGCCAGACAGUGAAGAUGUUGCAAUGAAGGAGAGUUCCUCCCAACCAUCGAAAAAGAAAGGGGCCAAGAAAGCAAAGAAAUCGAGAGAUAAAGCCAAAUACAAGGGAGAUAAACUCACUACGAUGACCUCUCCUGAGGAGGAUGACGAGCUCCCGCUGACCGAGCCGCAUACUGAAGGGGUCGCAACGAGGGAGGGGACCUCUCCGCCACCGCAAAAGAAAGCUUCCUCCGCUAAAGCAGGCAAAAGAGCAAGGAAGGGAGAAACCAAAAAGAAGGGCGAUAAGCUCAUUAUGAUGGCUUCUUCUUCAGAGGACUCGCCAGAUGAAAUCAUGAUGGCUGCUCCUGUGAAGGAUUCAACAGAUGAAACGGCGAUUCCCGAGGACUCGAAAGAUCAAGCUCCAAGUCAGGAGUUUCCUACGGAGGACUCGCCAGAUGAACCAACAGAUCCACCGGCCACAGAGCCCCCCGUGGAUCCACCAGCCACUGAUCCUUCUCCAGUUCAAGAGACAGAUGCUCCAGUUCCACCAUUGGACCCAGCAGAACCGCCAACAGCGCCACCAACUGUGGAGCCCGCUGAAACUGAUCCUCCAGUUGAAGAAACGGAUGCACCAGAAACUGAUCCUCCAGCCCCAGAAACAGAGCUUCCGGUUGUGGAAACUGAAGCCCCAGAGAUAGAUCCUCCUGUGGAAGAGACUGAGGCCCCAGAGACAGAGCCUCCGGUAGAAGAGACUGAAGCUCCAGAGACAGAGCCACCUGUUGUGGAAACUGAUGCCCCAGAAACAGAACCUCCCGUGGCGGAAACUGAUGCCCCAGAAACAGAACCUCCUGUGGCAGAAACUGAUGCUCCAGAAACAGACCCACCUGUUGUGGAAACUGAAGCCCCAGAAACAGAGCCUCCAGUGGUGGAAACUGAGGCUCCAGAGACAGAGCCUCCUGUCGAAGAGACUGAUGCUCCCGAGACAGAAUCCCCCAAUGUCCCAGAAACAGAUCCUGGUGUUGGAGAAACUGACGCUCCAGAGACAGAGCCUCCUGUGGAAGAGACUGAUGCUCCAGAAAUAACAGAGCCACCAACUCCAUCCCCAUCUGUGUCCCCCACAGCGGCUCCAACCAAGGCUCCUACAGUGUCCCCGACUGGACCAACCUGUCCCAGUGCUGUCCAAAUCACCGGAGAAGUGGAAUUUAACUUUGUAUUUGCAGACCGGGAGCCUACCGAGGCUGAGAUUGAAUCUGUUGAAGAUGCCACCUUGGACUUUUUCGUGGAUCUCUUCCGAGAAGAGUUUGGUGAUUCUGUGGUGGAAAUAUCAGGAGGAAUUGUUGAUAGUGAGUUCGACUUUGGUCCUCCUCCGGUGUUUGAAAUGACGUUGGAGGCAAUUGUACCAUUCUCGGGAUGCGCACCACCAAUAGACCAAGUCAACGACCUCUUGAACCUCAGUGACGCACAGUACGACGAGUAUUUGACGGAAUACAUAUUCCCUAUCGAACCGAGUGGGCAACAUAUUUUCGUCCUGGCUGCUAGAGUCAGCUUCGACGGAAGUGCAUCUUACGUUGAGGAACCACCCUCUGUAACAGCACCUCCCGAAACCACCGCAAGAGCAGGCAAGUCAGACAAAGGAAACAAGCGUCGCUGA